AUGCUUGCACCAGCCCGCUACAUGAAGUUCCUUAGCUACAUCACAGGAUGGCUCGCGGUUAUUGGCUGGCAGACCGCUUUCGCUUCAAGUGCCUAUCUUUCUGGCACUGAGAUUCAAGGAGUAGCAAUUCUCGCUAACAAAGCGUACAAUGCUUUGUCGUAUCAAGGGACCUUGAUCAUGUGGGCCACCCUGGUAGUUGCACUCCUCUCCAAUCUGGUUGGCGGCAGAUUCUUGCCCAGACUGGAAGGAUUCAUUCUGAUCAUUCACAUCUUGGGGUUCUUCGCUAUCAUUAUCCCUUUGACUUGCAUGUCCGAUCAUAAGACAGACCGAGAAGUCUUCCUUGAAUUCCUGAAUGGGGGGCAACUUUGCAACCCAGGGCUUGUCGUGGUUUGUCGGUCUCAGCGGAUGGCCGAAGAAGUUGCAAAUGCUUCGGUCGCAAUCCCUUGUGCAAUCAUGCUCAGUGUCUUGAUCAAUGGCAGUCUUGGAUUUGGCAUGUUGAUUGGAAUUCUUUACUGCGCAGGAGACAUCGACGCUGCCCUGAACUCUCCGACCGGAUACCCCUACAUCGAGAUAUUCUACCAGGGGACAGGUUUCAUGAGCGGUACAUUGACUAUGUGCUCAAUACUCUUGAUCAUUGGUAUCGCUUCAUGUAUCGGUAUGCUGGCCGCCACCUUUCGUCAGUUCUGGUCCUUUGCGAGAGACCGUGGUGUCCCAGGAUGGCGCGUUUGGACCAAGAUAUCCUUUCGCCACCUACCUGUCUACGGGACUCUGUUAACGACUAUCAUCUCCACCCUUCUCGGCCUCAUCAACAUCGGAUCCGAGGUAGCGCUGAACGAUAUUCUCUCCAUGGCGGUGUCUGGAAUUUACUCUUCCUAUCUCAUUGCUCGAGGUCUCCUAUUGUACCGCCGGUGCAAAGGUGAUAUCUCGCGAUACAACGAAAGCGACGAAACGACCAUCAAUGUACCUGGCGCAAAAUUGGCCGUUGUCUACAUGAUGAUCGUCAUUUUCUUCAGUUAUUGGCCAUCUUCUAUGGACCCAAGCGUGCAGGACAUGAACUACAGUGUUGUUGGUACGGUUGGGGUGGUUUUCUUAGCUAUUGUGUACUAUUUUGUGCGAGCUAGGCAUGUCUACCAGGGUCCUGUUAUGGAGACUUCCUGA